AUGGGUGAGCGAGCCCUCUGCCGAGCCGAGCCAUGCUCUGGCACCAUCCCCAGGACACGCCAGGAGCUAGGAGACUCAAUUCUUCUGAUCCCGGUCAGCUUCAUCUUGCUCAACGUGGGGAUGAACGUGGUGACUAUGCUCUGGAGGCAUCUGAAGAGAUUCUUGCGGGCACUUUUCAAACGUAUUUUCCCCAAAGACAAGCAAGCCAGCUGUGUAGGCAGCCAUCGCAUGCGCAGGCGCUGCUCCCUGGAUCCCAAGAACCUGUGCUCAAGAGAUUCUUCCCGCUUCCGCCAUCGCCCAAGCUUCCUGCUCGGGCACCCAAACCACCUUGAAUCCUGGAUACCAGACACAAAAGAUGAGAAGGCUUCUAAGUGCUGCUGGAUGCCGCCUCAGUGUGGACGGGCUGGGGCUUCCACGGAGGCUCCACAGGGACUGUGGAAGGAGCGGGUAGUGGGAGCUGGGGAGGCCCCUCCGGUCACAGCCUUAAAGUCCCAAGCCAACUUUUACUCCAGGUAAGAGACAUCUUCCAAGCUCCGCAGGAUGAGCAAGGUGGAUGUGGUUCCACUCCGCCUGCCCCAAGAGAGCAAGACUAAGACCCCAGACUCUGACCCAGCCCAGGCCCCAGCCCGGGCCCAGACCCGCCCCCAGUCUGAGACCUGCUCCCGAGGCCACGCCCAUGAGCACACUUCCGCCCAGGCCCAGGCCUUCUCCCUAGUGCACCCCACUGGGAACACUCCUGCCAAAGCCCAGACCUUCUCCUCUACCCACCCCACUGAGCACGCCCUGCCUCAGGCCCAGACUUGCUCCACAUUCCACCCCCCUGAGCACACCACCCCCCAGGCCCAGACCCCCUCCCCAGCCCUCACCCCUGAGCACAGGCCUGCCCAGGUCCAGGGCCCUGAGCAUACCUCAGCCCAUACCCCAGCCCAGGCCCAAGCCCAGGCCCCCUCACGUGCCUCAGCCCUGUCCCUGGGCCACAUAUCUGUCUGCACCCUGACCCAUGCUCAUCUGACCUAUACCCAUGCCAACACUCUGGUCCCUCCCCCAACUUCUGCCCCUGCUACUACUCCUGCCCUAGUCCCUACACCAGCCCCUGUCCCGACCUCUGACACAACCUCUGUCCUAGUGCUGGUCAUGGCCCUGACAACCACUCCAGUCCCUUCCACCACCCCUACCCUCAUCCUAGAUUCUAUUCCCUCUACCUUGUCUGCCUUCAGCCAAGGCCUCUCCUCCAGCCGUGUGGUCUACGAUGCCCGCAGGGUAAAGCAGAACUUAUUCCAUUUGUGUCCCCCUCAGAACUCUGGGUAUUCCAGAAAGGACUUGGGUACCCUCUCCAGGCCCCAAGAGAGGCAUGGUCUGGUGAGCUCUGGUACGGCUGAACUCAAGCAAUGUAGUGGGGACAGUGCUAAGCCCUCCACAGGUUCCAUACUGGGUUACCUGGAGUUGGGGAAUAUGGAAUGGAAGAUCUCAAAUGAUGCCAAAGACAAAUUUGUACAGUCCAAGAUUCCCUACUGCGGCUUCCUUCCUUGCAGGUCUGAGAAGAGAAACACGGACACCCAGACUCCAGUCUACCCCACAUUCCUGUACUCCAAGGAUGCUGCACCUUCUCAACCUUGUUUCCAUUCUCGAACCAGUGCCCAGAGCUCACCAUGCACCAUGCCUCCACCAUGCACUCUUUAUCUGCCUCUUGUUUCUCCCAGAUCAUGGGUCCUUCAUCAACACAGCAACCACCAGAAGCCCUCCACCUUAAUACAACCCCCCACCUUUCCCCCAACCUCCAAGUCUCCUCGGUCUGUCCUCUCUUCCCAGGGCCCCAUCCCUCCCCAGUUAUCCACUACUUUCCAAACCCCAAGCCAGGCCCAACCCCCUGGACUUCAUAAGACUUCCGGCCUCAACCAAGGCUCUGUCCUCCCAAGGACCCCAGGCCCUUCCAAAGUCUGCAGAGUUUCCAGAAACCCAAGCCUUACCCCAAACCCAGCCCUCCCCAAGAACCCAGGCCUUGCUCAAGAUCCAGGCCUCCACAAGCUUCCAGGCCUUACCCAAGAUGCUGGAAUUUACAGGGGCUCAGAACAUACCCAUGACCCUAGCUUACACAACUCAGGAAUUAAUCGAGAUCCUGGCCCCCAUAAGGGUCCAGCCCUUACUGAAGACUCUGGCUUAUCCAAGAGAUCAGGCCUCCAUAACAACUCAUGCCUUAUCCCAAAUCCUGGCCUCCACAGGAACCCUCUAGGAACUGACUCUGUCCAAGUUUUGGGCCCACAUCAGACCCGAAAGUCAUUUAUAUCUGAGGCAGUUCGUCGAAAGGAGGAUGCUGGGCAGCACAUACCAUGGACUUCUGUCCCACCCAGUCAGAACUCCUGCUCUCCCAAGGCUCAGGUGGCCUACAAUGACCUGCUAACCUUCUCAGAGGUACCUGUACUGAUUGAGCUGCAAUCACCCUCCCGGCGAGCAGGCAGCCAAGACUGGGUGUACCAGCCCAUGGAUACAGUUCCUCCAGCCUGCCAGAACUAUCGCCAGAUGUCUACGCCUCCCAAAGCCAGCUGGAAGCCCUACUGUCCUGGGUCAGGCACCCGGCUAGGGCAUGUGGUCUUUGGCGUCCGCCAGAGACAGUUCAGAGCAGGCAGGGACAAGUGGCUGUCUCCCAGGCGCCUUCACCGAGAGACAUCCAACAACUCACGGAGACCAUCAAGGAGUGGGGAUAUCAGUGUGCUCAGAGCAACUUAG